AUGCAGCUGCCAAAGGAAAGAGCAGACAAACUGAAGGAGAUGGAACAGAUAAAACUGGAUGGCAGACAGAUAAGUCUGUUUUGCCAGAUGAAGAAGGUGCUAAGGAAAUUCUACAGGGAGAAGGCCUUGGGAAUCAAAAUCACCUUAAAAGCACCAGAAUGGGCAAAGCUGGCCAAAUCACAUUGCCAUUUCAACAAAGGGUUGUCUGACGUCAGUGCCCAGAAAGGGAAACCCGCUGUGCUGUCUUGCAGUCUCAAUAACGAUCAGGUGGAGGGAAUCUGGUUUAAAGAUGAAUUCAAGCAGCGAACAGGCCUGGAUGAACUCUCUUCUGAAAAAUAUGGGCUGGUCCACAAACUGAUUGACACAGUAGAAGAUAAUCAUGCUGGAAAGUACAAAUUUGAAGCUGAAGGUGUCAAAACUGAAGCAUCUAUUUUUGUUGAAGAUCCUCCAAAUGUUGACAAGGCUCUUCUGGAAAAGCUGAUGAAGGAGCCUGUUAUAGUCAAGGCAGGGCAGAAUGCCAUGGUUAAAAUCCCAUUCGAGGGCCGGAAGCCAGUCAGAGCAACAUGGAUAAGGGACGGGGAUGAGCUCCUGAAUGAUGCCAGGAUCCAUAUUGACAAGGCAGACAGCUUCACCCGGCUUUCCAUCUCCAGCACUAACAGGAAGGACUGUGGGGAUUACAAAGUGAAGCUGAAGAAUGAGAGUGGAACCCUGGAGACCAGCCUAAAGCUGGAGGUGAUAGACAAGCCACAGAAACCCAUUGGACCCAUAGAGGUGGUGGAUAGUUCCACAACUGGAAUAACCAUUCGAUGGAAGCCCCCAAAGGAUGAUGGGGGCAGACCAGUGCAGAACUACAUCAUAGAGAGGCAGCAGGUGGGCAGAAAAACCUGGGUAACAUUGGGAGAAACCAGCAGGAACAACAGCACUUUCAUGACCAACAAAGUGGGGCAAGACAAAAGCUAUCGCUUCAGGGUGCGAGCAGUGAACGCUGAGGAGAGCAAGGCACUGGAAUCAGAUGAGGUGAUGGCUGCAGCCAAAGCUUUCCUUGGCCCCCCUGCUCCUCCUCAGAUUGUCAGUGCCAACAAAGACACCAUAACACUGUCCUGGGCAGCACCUUCCAAAACAGGCAAUUCCAGAAUCCUGGGGUAUAUCGUUGAGAAACACAAGAAAGGCAGCAACAUCUGGACACCUAUCUCUGACCUGCCAAUAACAGUCAGGAAGUGGAUGGUGACAGAUCUAAAGGAGAGACUGCAGUAUGAAUUCCGCGUCGCUGCUAUCAAUGCCACAGGGACAGGCGAGGCCAGUGCGCCGUCCAAUCCUGUCUUUGAUCGAGAUCCCAUGAAGCCUCCUGGUAGAAUGAGGGACCUUAAGGUGACCAAUACUGACUACACCAGCAUCACUCUGGCAUGGGUGAAACCCGAUUCAAAGGAAGGGGGGCCUGCCAAGGGCUACAAGGUGGAGAAACAAUCCUCUGACAGCCUCAAGUGGAUCCAUUGUAACACUGUCCCCAUAGGGUUGACAACCUGUACAGUUACAGGUUUGCAAGCCAGAGAGAUGUAUGUCCUCUGCGUGAGGGCCAUCAAUGAGGGAGGCCUAGGGGAAGCCAUAGCACUGGACACUUGCAUCCAAGCCAUGCCUUCCAUUGAGGUGAUUUGGCUAAAGGAUGGGCUUUCUCUACCCAGCAGGGCCAUAGUGAGCACCAGAGAUGGCUUCAGCCAACUCUUGAUUCCAUCAGCUGAGUUUUCUGACAGUGGGCUCUAUACCAUCGUACUCCAAAAUGAGUGGGGAAAAAAAGAAUCCUUCAUCUUCCAAGUCCAAGUCGCAGCUAUCCCACAGUCCCCUGGCCCUAUUCUUCUGCAAGAGAAAGUCCUUAAUACAGUGACAGUGAUCUGGGAGCCCUCGCCAACAGAGAAGUGGGAAAGUAACCUGUACUAUGUGGUCAUGAAACGUGACUCCAACAAGGGCUCAUGGCAAGUGGUGGCUGACCUGAUCUACAACAACAAGUUUACCAUCACCAAACUUAUCCCUGUCUGGGGGUAUUAUUUUAGGGUUGUGGCCAAAAAUUACAUGGGAACCAGUGAUCCAUCUGAAACUGUGCAGCCCUGGAUCAUGCAAAAGGAAAAGGAUGAGAGCCCAUUGACAUAUCCCCAAGAAAUACUGUUGGGCAAGGAAAGAUGUCCCCUGCUGGACAUGAAUGUUUACAGAUCAGUGGGAACAGUGAAGCUGGGCUUCUCCAUUCCCACCAAUAUACUGGCUCAUAUUACUCAUAUAGACGAGGACUUUUGGAUGAGUUUAAAGUCAGGACUACCCAAAUACAGGAGGGUGAAUCAAAAUAUGCCUCCAAGAUUCCUCCUCCAAUUGAAGCCCCAUGUAGUGACCACAGCAUUUGAUUGUCACAUGAGCUGUGCAGUGAGUGGCUACCCAAAACCUAAGAUCACCUGGUACAAGGAUGGCAGGGAUCUCUCAGAAGACCACACCUGCUUCAGUACAAAUGACUUUGGUGUUUGCUGCCUGGUGGUCCCAGGUGUCACGAAGAGAGAUGAAGGAGAGUACAAGGUGGAAGCCACCAAUGAAUUGGGCCAUGUGGUCAGCAAAGCCAUGCUUAUCAUAAAAGGUAAAGUGAUCUUGGUCAAGUCUUAG